CGCGAGGAGAAAGCGGCUGAGGCGCGAGCUCGCGCGUCCGUUACCGCCGCCGCCGGCGGGCUCUGCCGGGAGGGCCCGGGCCGAUGGCGCUGCCGUUGCUGUUGCCGCUCCGCGCCGCGCUGCUGGGGGCGGUGCUUGGCCCCGCCUGCGCUGCCGUGCACUUCCGCGAGGAGUUCACGGACGGAGUUAACUGGCAAAGGAGAUGGUUGAAUUCUCAACAUAAACCUGACCUUGGGAUGUUUAAACUGACCGCUGGAAAAUUUUAUGGAGACCCUGUCAAAGAUAAAGGUCUGCAAACCUGUGAAAAUUCCAAAUUUUAUGCAAUCUCAUCACGAUUUAAACCAUUUAACAAUAAAGGAAAGACUCUAGUCAUUCAAUAUACAGUAAAACAUGAGCAAAAGAUAGACUGUGGUGGUGGAUAUAUAAAACUAUUUUCCUCAGACUUGGAUCAAAAAAACAUGAGUAGUGAUUCACCGUAUUACAUUAUGUUUGGACCAGAUAUUUGUGGAUCUGAAACAAAGAAAGUUCAUGUUAUCUUAAAUUACAAGAAUAAGCUUUAUCCAAUCAAGAAACAAAUCAGGUGCAAGGUUGAUGGAUUUACUCACUUGUACACACUGAUUUUAAGAUCAGAUCAGACAUACAAAGUGAAAAUUGAUAAUGAAAUGGUUGAGUCGGGUAAUCUAGAAGAUCACUGGGAUUUCUUGCCACCAAGGAAAAUAAAUGAUCUUACAGUGAAGAAACCUCAGGAUUGGGAUGAUAUAGCCCAAAUUGAUGAUCCAAAUGAUGUCAAGCCAGAGGAUUGGGAUGAACCUGAAUACAUUCCAGACACUAGUGCCGAGAGAUCUAAAGACUGGAACAGUGUGACUGAUGGAGAAUGGCGACACCCUAUGAUCAAGAAUCCACUGUACAGAGGUGAAUGGAAACCAAGGAAGAUUAAUAACCCUAAUUAUAAAGGAGUUUGGCCCCAUCCACAGAUUGACAAUCCAAACUACUUGCCAGACCUCAACAUUCUCAGCUAUGAGAACAUUAGUGUCAUUGGACUAGAUAUUUGGCAGGUGAGAGCUGGAACAAUUUUUGAUAAUUUCUUGAUCACAGAUGAUGAAGAAUAUGCAGAAGAUUUUGGAUAUGAAACCUGGGGAGAAACCAAGGACCCUGAAAAGGUGAUGAACAUAAAACAGGCUGAGGAAGAAAAGAAAAGGGAAAGGGCAGAAGAAGAAAAACGCUUCAGGGAAAGGUUUAACAAGAAGGUAGAAAAGAAAAAAGAAUCAGGAAAGAGUAAGUUAGGGAGGAAUACUGUCCAGAAGGAAGAGCUUUAAUUCUUAUUUGUGAAGUAUUUGUGGAACUAUCGGAAAGGUUUGCUUUUUUUUUUAAAUCUGCUGUAAAGGUUUUGAUGUCCUGUUCCCUCCUGCUACCCUCCCUUAGUAACAAGCACUCAAAUACUAGUUAAAAUUUGUUUUGAGAGCCUGGCUAAAAUAUUAUUAAUUUAUCAAUUUUUUUUUCAAAUAUUUUAUUAAGUCAGGCUUCUUAGUCUAAGAAUGUUAGAUUGAAAUGGAAUUCAAUAAAAAUACCAAAUGUAUUUCUCAAUGAAGGGUGAUUUCUACUCAGUGGGUCUCUACAGGGGAAGCUUUACUGCACAGUAGACUUUGAAUGUGUUACUUUUAGUGUUGACUUUGCUUCUCUGAAGAUGGACUAUCCGGUCCUCUCACUCCCAAAGGAGGCCUUUCACUAUCGUACUCUGUAUCAGCUGCAGAAAGACACAAAAGCCUGUGGCAGAACACUUCAGCCUCCCUGCCGACUCCACUGCUGACCUCAGGAUUGCUGUUCCCAAGCGUGAAAAACCCAAACAAACCCCAAAACAAAAAUGAAUAACCCAUUUGAAUGGGAAAUUGUGGGAACAAGAAAUCCAUCACAAACUGGUCUGUUAGGUUAACCUAAGUGAAAUCUUAGUUUCUAAAGGUGAAUAUCUGCCCUCCUUUCUGACUGACUUCUGACUAAAAUGACUACCUGGCUCCCUGUAUCCAUCAUGUUUCCUUUGCAGAUCUACCAGAGGGAUCUUCCCUUCAGGUAGCUGUUACUUUCUUUUAAGGAACAAAGCUUUUUGAAGGGUGGGGAGGGAUGGAGAAGCAGGGGAAGAAGCCUGGCCUAUCUUAUCUAAACACUUGCUAUCCCUUGCUAAUUACCUAGCCUAGGCUAGGGGUUGGCAACCUAUGACUGGUGGAGCUAUUCUGGCUGGCCUAAAAUGCCACAUCUUCAUCUGCAUGGUGCCUGGACAGCAGGAAGAAGUAAUAGGAGUGGCAUCAGAAAAAUAAUCCCAGCCUGCUGCUCCUGAGGUGUUGCUGACCUGUGACUUAGAGGCAUCUAACUUCAGAUGCCUCUAAGUAGGUUUCCCACAUCUUGUUCAGAGAAGCCAGAACAGCUGCCAUAUCUUGUGAACACUGGUAUUGUCUCUUAUUCUCUGGCAGUUCCAGGCUAAUGCUGUAAAAAUAAAUGAUACGUUGUAAAGCAAA